AUGCCUAAUGCCCUCAAAAACACAAUUUGCAAAAAUUCCCGCCUCCAUGCAGAGAUGGUGAAGGCCAAGCACCAGCUUAAGGAGGAGCAGAAAAAGGCAGAGGAGGAAGCAUGGCAGGCAGCAGAGGCCCAAAAAGCCGAGGAAAAAAGGGUGAUAGUUGAGAUGGAGAAAGCAGAGAAGGAGAAGGAAAAAACAGAGAAAGCAAAAGAGGCAGAGGUGGCAGAGUCAGGGGAGAUGCAGUCUAGGGCCUCCAACCACCACCAGUGCAAAAAGGAGGGAAACACAGUCACAGGUACCAGCAAGGGGAAGAGGAGGGCUCCGGUGGAGUUGGAGGCAUUGGAGGUUGCAGAGCACUCAACAAAGAGGAAAAAGGCAGUGGUGUUUGCAACAAAGAAGUUGGAGGAGGGGUGGCAGGCCCAGAUAGGAAAGCAUUAUCUGGGAGAAAAAUUCUUGGGUUUAAUAUUGUAUGGUAACAAAGAGCCCGGGAACAAGAUUGCUGGGCAUAGAAAAGGAAGUGAGACAAAAAUACCCAGAGUUGCUGGAAUGAAGGGUAGGAAAGUUGUGAAGGACUUUCAGAUGCAAGCAAGCCAGGAUCUGAGAAUGUUGAGUUUUGUACUCACUGCCCAUAGAGAUACAAAUGUGACCAUAUGCAGCCAUGAGAAAAAUGACAAAGCCGGGUUUGAGCUUUUUAGCAAGGUACAACCCAAUUGGCAAAAUAUAAAGAUAUGA